GGACACUGCGUACCCUUUUCCGUGAUGUCACAGAUGAACUACAACUCCCAUCAGCGCUGGGAGUAAGGAAGAGCGCAAUCUAAGAUUCAGACGUGUUCAACUGAAACAGGAGUUUGUGUCGAAGAAAAGAGACCUUCUCUAAACUCAAACCACUGCUCCUUUGCAAAUAUGUAUCGAUCAGAAACAUAGAGUGAAACAUUUUCUGCAGAGUUUUUUUCAGCUGUAAAUCAUCAUGGGGACAGUUUUUGCCAUUUUUCUUGUUUUUGUCGGAUGUUGUAGCAAUGUGGUGUCUCUGGAGCUGCUUGUAAGAGAGUUUCCAGGAUGCGGCAACAUCGUCACCUUCGCUCAGUUUGUAUUCAUCGCAUUAGAGGGAUUCAUCUUUGAAACAAACUUUGGGAGGAAGAAACCAGCAAUCCCUAUCAGUAACUAUGUGAUCAUGGUGACGAUGUUCUUCACAGUCAGUGUGAUCAACAAUUACGCUCUCAACUUCAACAUCGCCAUGCCGCUGCACAUGAUCUUCAGAUCGGGAUCACUAAUCGCUAACAUGAUCCUGGGAAUAAUCAUCCUGAAGAAAAGGUACUCAGCCAGUAAAUAUCUGUCUAUAGCUUUAGUGUCAGCUGGUAUCUUCAUCUGCACCAUCAUGUCUGCCAAACAAGUGAAUGUGGCAAAUGAUGGAUCAGAAGAACAAGGAUUUUAUACUUUCAUGCAUUGGCUUAUGGGUAUCGCCAUGUUGACCUUUGCUCUGCUGAUGUCUGCGAGGAUGGGCAUUUUCCAGGAGAUGCUGUACAAGACUUAUGGAAAACACUCCAAAGAGGCUCUCUUCUAUAAUCACUGCCUGCCUCUGCCGGGCUUCCUGCUUUUCUCCACAGACAUCUACAAACACUGUGUCCUCUUCAGUCAGAGCACUCCUGUAGUCGUUCCUGUGGUUGGAGUCACCAUGCCGAUAAUGUGGCUUUACCUGCUGAUCAACAUCAUCACACAGUACGUGUGCAUCCGUGGUGUUUUCAUUCUGACCACAGAGUGCGCCUCGCUGACCGUCACUCUGGUAGUGACGCUGAGAAAGUUCCUCAGCCUCAUCUUCUCCAUCCUUUACUUCCAAAACCCCUUCACUACCUGGCACUGGGUGGGCACGGCUGUGGUCUUCCUGGGCACUCUGCUGUACACGGAGGUGUGGAGCAGCGUUCGGACAGCUCUGCGUGGACCUGUCGUCAAGGACAAGAAGGCAGAGUGAAGAAGAGGGGACUGUACAAACAGCCACUUUGUUGGACUUAGAGAUUGUUUUUGGUCGACCACCCUGCAGCAGCGAUUUUUAUAAAGCUAUAUCAUUUUGAUUUCAUCCUUGAUGACACAUCAUCGGUUAUAGUGAACCCCUCACACACAAACACAACAGGUUAAAGGAUGGUGCUGGCGAUGUUCUGUAUUUUUGUUAUUGUCAACAAUGUGAUUACAUGAAAAGACCAAAAGCAACAAUGUGUUAGUCCACCUCUCAAUACCUACUGACUCCUCUUCUGUCUGCGUUACUCAGCUCCAAGCCCCUUGGUUCCUGCUGAAGAUGUACAGUAUCUCACAAAAGUGAGUACACCCCUCACAUUUUUGCAAAUAUUUCAUUAUAUCUUUUCAUGGGGCAACACUAUAGAAAUGAAACUUUGAUACAACUUAAAGUAGUGAGUGUACAGCAGUAUAGAUUUACUGUCCUCUGAAAAUAACUCAACACACAGCCAUUAAUGUCUAAACAGCUGGCAACACAAGUGAGUACACCUCACAGUGAACAUGUUCAAAUUGUGCCCAAAUUGUCAAUAUUUUGUGUGACCACCAUUAUUAUCUAGCACUGCCUUAACCCUCCUGGGCAUGUAAUUUACCAGAGCUGCACAGGUUGGUACUGGCAUCCUCUUCCACUCCUCCAUGAUGACAUCAUGGCGCUGGUGGAUGUUAGACACCAUGCGCUCCUCCACCUUCCGCCUGAGGAUGCCCCACAGGUGCUCAAUUGGGUUUAGGUCUGGAGACAUUCUUGGCCAGUCCAUCACCUUUACCUUCAGCUUCCUCAGCAAGGCAGUUGUCAUCUUGGAGGUGUGUUUGGGGUCGUUAUCAUGUUGGAAAACUGGACAUGCAGACCGCUUUGAUGCAGUGUGUGGCGUAUGGUCUGAGCACUGACAGGCUGACCCCCCCCACUUCCUCAACCUCUGCAGCAAUGCAGGCAGCACUCAUUCGUCUAUUUUUUUAAGCCAGCCUCUGGAUAUGACGCUGAACACAAGGACUCAACUUCUUUGGUCGACCCUGGUGAGGCCUGUUCCGAGUGGAACCUGUCCUGGAAAACCGCUGUAUGAUCUUGGCCACCAUGCUGUAGCUCUGUUUCAGCAUGUUAGCAAUCUUCUUAAAGCCUAGGCCAUCUUUAUGAAGAGCAACAAUUCCAUUUUUCAGAUCCUCAGAGAGUUCUUUGCCAUGAGGCGCCAUGUUGAAUAUCCAGUGACCAGUAUGAGAGAGAAAACACCAAAUUUAACUGCCCUGCUCCCUAUUCACACCUGAAACCUUGUAACACUAACGAGUCACAUGACACCAGGGAGGAACAACGACACAAUUAGGCACAAUUUGAACAUGUUCACUGUGAGGUGUACUCACUUGUGUUGCCAGCUGUUCAGACAUUAAUGGCUGUGUGUUGAGUUAUUUUCAGAGGACAGUAAAUCUACACUGCUAUACAAGCUGUACACUCACUACUUUAAGUUAUAUCAAAGUUUCAUUUCCAUAGUGUUGUCCCAUGAAAUAUUAUAAUAAAAUAUUUGCAAAAAUGUGAGGGGUGCACUCACUUUUGUGAGAUACUGUACAUCAUUAAAGCAGCUGUAAUCAACAUUUUUAUAUUGGUAAUGGCUCACGUGACAACUUGUUACUGAGAGAGGUGCUUGUAGUGAUGAAAUUACUGCAGUUCUUCUCAGCUCCAUGGAGCAUUUUAGCAUCAGACCCAGAUAGCUCCCUGAGGAGUUGGUGGAGACCAAAAAUGGAGAUAAAAGAAGAGUGAAUGUUGUCGUUUUAUUAAUCAGGAAACACACCAGAAACACGACUCCGAGUCAGUGAUGAUCUUGUUCUCUGUCUGCUGGAUGGGUAAACAAGCUAAAUCAAGUUAAAUGAUUAUGAGAUGUGAUCAUGAUCAUCAGUAGUUAUUUUUAGAUGUGAUUUAUCAUAUAAAUCAGUUUUCUAAAGCAAAAAUCCCAAACGUUUGAUUUUUAAGUUCUCAAAUGGGAGAAUAUGCAGUUUGUUUGUGCGUUGGUUUUUUGUUUUGCGAUUUUUUUUUGUUUUGUUUUUGUUUUUGUCUGACAUUAUACUACAUUAAUUAUUUUUAGGUUUUUGACUGUCAGUUGGACAAAACAAGACAUUUGAUGACACUGUUUUGUGCUCCAGGAUAUCGUGACGAGCAUUCUUCCCUUUUUUCUUCAUGUUUUAUAGAUCAGUUGAACAUAGAAUUGAGAAAAUAAUAGGCAAAAUAUUGUACAGCUGGGCACUGUAGUUUUAAGCAAACCGUACUCAAACAGGAGUAAAUUGUUAAUUAGUUAAGGACUGUUUUCAGCUGCAGAUUAAUACACGGUGCUUAAGUGAGUGUUUAGCAGCAGGACUGUGUAUGUGGGAUUGACUCAGAAUAAACUUCAGAGCCCGUGUUCGUUGUAGUGAAGAGAGGUAGUGCAGCUGUGGCUCACUCGUGUUUUAAUAACAACGCAGGUGUAUGGCUCAGAGGAAAAAUAUCAGGUUAUUGUUAGGAUCAAUUCGUUGGUGGUUUUCGUCUUUUCAUGUGACAGAAUAUCACCAGUUAUCUUUUAAUAUUAGUACCUCAUUAGCAGUUUACAUGUAAAAUCAUGUUGUGACUUUUUUUGUCUGUGAUGUUUGAUUAUUUAUUUGAUAAAAGUGACAGCUAAUUCACUCCAUAUUUACAUUCAUGCUGAUCAGUAGGAUUACACUGAACACUAUAAUGUGAAUGGACUAAAUACAUUAAUGUAGAAGAAGCAGCUGGAAUCAGGAUUAUUACAUCAGAUACAGACUGUUAGAAAUAUAGAGGGAUAAUUUAUGGAGUUCAUGUAUUUUAUUUUUCAUGUGUCCUUGUCAUAUUGUCUCAGGUGCACUGGAACAGCAUUUGGAAAUGUGGAAACAUACACAGUUUAAUAAAUCUUCACACUCCC